ACAGGAUAAAAUAAACACUGUCGCAAGUAGAAGGCCUAAAUGCAGAAUUAAAUUAGAAGAAACACAAAGAAAGAAGAGCGUAAAAUAGAGCCAAAAUUGAAAUCGGCGCUAUCUCGCUAUUCUUCGCUGUGAAUGGCUUCUUUCUCAGAGAGAGAAGCCGGUCCUCGAUUCUUGUAGUGUGCGACGGCAAACCGUGAAAAAUGAUAUCGUGAGCCUAACUAUAACCAGCAGUUGGCACUCUGAUAACCAACCAAAAUCGUCUCUUUUCUCUCCCAACUCCCAAUCUGUAUCGCUCGAAAAUGGCUCCCUGCACAAUGCUUUUCUACCUUCUCCUCUCUAUCUCAUUUGCAGAGAUUGCAUUUACGCCAUGUUUUGCUUCUCAGGUUUAUGUAGUUUAUAUGGGCAGCAAGGAGGAGCAGUCUUCCGAUGAUAUCUUAAAGCAGAACCACCAAAUGCUCGCCGCAGUGCAUGGAGGAAGAUUGGAAGAGGCACAAGAAUCACAUGUUUACAGUUACAGCAAUGCGUUUAGAGGCUUUGCAGCGAAGUUGAGCGAAGAGCAGGCUUCUAAAAUGGCUGAGAUGCCAAAUGUGGUAUCAGUGUUCCCAAACCUUAAGAGAAACCUGCACACCACUCACUCUUGGGAUUUCAUUGGCCUGGGAACCAACGAGGAGAUGGAGAUUCCAGGUUUUUCCACCAAGAACCAAGACAACGUCAUCGUCGGAUUUAUUGAUACAGGGAUAUGGCCCGAGUCUCCUAGUUUCAGUGAUGUAGGGAUGUCACCAGUUCCAUCGAGAUGGAAAGGCGAAUGCCAAAUUGGAGAAUCUUUUACAAAUUCUUCCUGCAACAAGAAAGUAAUUGGAGCGAGGUACUAUCUCGGCGGCUAUGAUGCAGAAGAAGGAAGCCAUGGUGACUUUGUGAAGGCAGAUAAUGCCGUGAAGUUGAAGUCUCCAAGGGACAGCUCUGGCCAUGGUAGCCACACAGCCUCCACAGCUGCAGGUCGAUAUGUGAGCGACAUGAACUAUAAUGGCUUGGGAGCUGGAGGUGCUCACGGAGGUGCUCCAAUGGCAAGGAUUGCAGUCUAUAAGACGUGCUGGGCCUCAGGUUGUUAUGAUGCAGACUUGCUAGCAGCCUUCGACGAUGCAAUUCAAGAUGGUGUGGACAUCAUAUCUGUGUCUUUAGGUCCAAAUUCUCCUCAAGGAGAUUACUUCAAUGAUGCAAUCUCGAUAGGCUCGUUCCACGCUACCAGCCAUGGUGUGCUGGUAGUUUCUUCUGUUGGAAAUGUUGGAACUCGAGGCUCCGCGACUAAUCUUGCACCGUGGAUUCUCACAGUAGCUGCCAGUUCAACAGACAGAGACUUUGUUUCAUCCAUUCAACUAGGAAAUAGGAAGAAAUUCAUGGGUGAAAGCAUGAGUUCUUUUAAAAUGAACAAGUCAGUCAGGAUCGUCUCAGCAUCUAAUCUAAAUGCUGGUUACUUCACUCCCUAUCAGUCCAGCUUCUGUUUGGACAGCUCCUUGCACAGAACAAAGGCCAGAGGCAAAAUUCUUAUAUGUCGGCAUUCUGGUAGUCCAUCAGAAUCAAGAGUAGAAAAGAGUCGGAUGGUUAAGAAAGCCGGGGGAAUCGGAAUGAUCUUGAUAGAUGAAAUAGACAAUGAUGUUGCUGUUCCAUUUGUCAUUCCUGCUGCUUCUGUUGGAAAGCAAGCAGGCAAUGCAAUCUUAUCAUAUGCCAACAACGCCAGGAAACCGAAAGCGAUAAUUUUGCCGGCAAAGACCGUAUUGGGAUCUACGCCCGCCCCUCGAGUAGCUGCAUUCUCUUCGAAAGGUCCCAAUUCAUUAACCGCAGAGAUUUUGAAGCCUGACAUUGCAGCACCAGGACUGAACAUCUUAGCAGCUUGGUCUCCGGCAGCCAACCAAAUCAAGUACAAUAUUCUAUCUGGAACUUCCAUGGCAUGCCCCCAUGUAACAGGACUGGCGGUUUUGAUAAAAGCUGUAUACCCCAGUUGGACUCCUUCAGCAAUUAAGUCUGCCAUUAUGACUACAGCAAGUGUGUUGGACAAGAAUGGUGAUGCCAUAACAGCCGAUCCGAAAGGAAGGCCAGCGAGCCCUUUUGAUUAUGGUUCAGGCUUCCCGAACCCUGCAAGGGUGCUCGAUGCUGGUCUCGUCUAUGAUGUGCAGCCCUCGGAUUAUAAAGCAUUCCUCUGCUCCGUUGGGUAUGACGAUAAAUCCUUGCAGCUCAUCACAGGUGACCAAAGCAAGUGCAGUGGAGGACCUUCGCCAUCAGCUUCGAAUCUGAAUUAUCCUUCAAUCACUGUUCCAAACCUUAAGGGCAGCUACAGAAUCACAAGGACUGUGACAAAUGUUGGAAAUCCAAGCAUUACUUAUCGAGUUCGAGUCUCUCCGCCGACCGGCAUCAAUGUAACUGUAGUUCCUGACACUCUUACAUUCAGAAGCUACGGUGAGAAGUUGAAGUUUAGUGUGACAUUUGCAGUCAUUCAGCCUUCCGAGGAUUAUGUUUUCGGAUUGCUCGCGUGGGAGGCAGGUAAGGUUCAAGUGACCAGCCCUCUGGUUGUAAGAGUGUCAUCUGGUGGUACCAGCUUGUUACAGUGAAGUCGUACCACAUAAGAACAAUCAAAUUACUGACAACUGCAUAAAUGAGGCAUGAAUUUGUUACUGAGCUGGCCAUGCAGGGAUUGAGAUAGCUGACCUAAUGGAGCAUCUCUCCAAGUAGAGAGUGCAACCAAACUAGAUGUUUCUGUAAAAUGGUAUGUGCUUGGAUUUGGUGGAAUAUAAAAUCUUCAUGAA